UCCUCCCAGAGGCCGCCUCUGCGCUCCCCAAACACAGAGCGCAGAGGUGGCCCUGUGCUCUUUCAGAGGCCGCCUCUGCGCUCCUCAAACGCAGAGCGCAGAGGUGGUCCUGUGCCCUUUCACAGGCCCCUUCUGCGCUCCCCAAAGGCAGAGCGCCAGGCGCAUGGAGGCUGUAGAGGAGCCCGGGCCGGGAGGCCAGGGGGCCGAUCUGGGAGGUCAGGGGCCCGGGCCGGGAGGUCAGGGGGCCGGGCCGGGAGGCCAGGGACUCGGGCCCGGAGGUCAGGGGGCCGGCCCCGAGAGCCCCGGGCCGGGAGGCCAGGAGGCCGACCCCGAGAGCCCCGGGCCGCGCUGCCCGCUGCUGUCCGGCUUCCGAGAGGAGCUACGAGCGCUCCUGCUUCUGGCGGGCCCCGCGUUCUUGGCGCAGUUGAUGGUGUUUCUGAUCAGUUUCAUAAGCUCCGUGUUCUGUGGCCACCUGGGGAAGCUGGAGCUGGACGCGGUCACCCUUGCGAUCGCGGUUAUCAAUGUCGCUGGUGUCUCCGUGGGCUUUGGCUUAUCUUCUGCUUGUGACACUCUCAUGUCCCAGACAUACGGGAGCCAGAAUCUGAAGCACGUCGGGGUCAUCCUGCAAAGGGGGACCCUGGUGCUCCUUCUCUGCUGCUUCCCCUGCUGGGCCCUCUUCCUCAACACCCAGCAGAUCCUGCUGCUCUUCCGGCAGGACCCGACUGUGUCCAGGCUUACCCAGGACUACGUCAUGACCUUCAUUCCAGCUCUUCCUGCAACCUUUCUUUAUAUGUUACAAGUGAAAUAUUUACUCAACCAGGGAAUCGUAGUACCCCAGGUCCUAACCGGAGUAGCAGCCAACCUUGUCAAUGCCCUCCUCAACUAUCUCUUUCUUCAUCAGCUGCAUUUUGGGGUGAUGGGGUCGGCACUGGCAAAUACCAUUUCCCAGUUCACCCUGGCACUCCUCCUUUUCUUCUACAUCCUUGGGAGGAACCUGCACCAAGCUACCUGGGGAGGGUGGUCCCGUGAGUGUUUGGAGGACUGGGCCUCCUUUUUCAGCCUGGCCAUCCCCGGGAUGCUCAUGCUGUGCAUGGAGUGGUGGGCCUACGAGAUCGGGAGCUUACUGAGCGGUAUCCUCGGCAUGGUAGAGCUGGGAGCCCAGUCUGUCCUGUAUGAACUGACCGUCAUUUUGUACAUGAUACCUUCAGGCUUCAGUGUGGCUGCCAGCGUCCGGGUGGGGAACGCACUGGGCGCGGGAAACAUCCAGCAAGCCAAGAAGUCAUCGGCUGUCUCCCUGCUGGUCACAGGACUCUUUGCUGUAACUUUCUGUGUCCUGAUGUUAAGCUGUAAGGAUCUCGUGGGGUAUAUUUUCACUACCGACCGCCUCAGCCAUUUCGCUGUGGGGAAAUACAGUGUUUAAGUGUGCCUCACUUGAGAGUGAAUGGAAAGGCAACCAGAAAUCAUUCUUGUGAUCUUAUAAGGGAAUCAGAAUUAACAUCCUCAGAUGUGUAUCUGUGCUGAUGGUUUCAGUAGGCACAGGGCAGACCUUGGAUCCUGAGUCUGUCCACUUGUGGAAGCCGUGCAGGGCAGGCAAAAGCAUGGAAAACAAAAGGCCCACAAACCAUAGCCUUGAUGAUAUUACGAGACAGAGAAAACUCAGAAAAUCAAAUUACUUACGAGCUGGCGGGGAUCAGCGGGAACUGGCCGCAUCGGUGACAUAGACUUUUAACAACAAUAUGGACAUUUAACCUAACCAAAGAGGAAAAAGGGAGAGAGCUCGAUUCAAAGUAAGAAAGGAGGAAAUUACUAAAAGAACUAUAAUUUUUUUAAACCAUGAGAGACUAGUUUGCAUGACUUUUGCAAGUAAACUAAAAAAAAAAUCUGGAAGGAAUAAAUAACGUUCUAGGAAAAUAAGUUACCAAAACAUACCUUGGAAAACAUAGAAGGGCUAACUGGACCGAUUUCCUUAGAAGAAUUAAGAAAAAUUUAUUUGAAAAAUCUCAAAAAAGCGCUAAUCCUUGGAUGUUCCAAAGGAGAAUUUUAUAGAACCUUCAAAAUGUAACUCCAAUGCUGUCGAACUGUUUCAGAGACCAGAAAAAGGAAAAUUUCCACACUCUGUUUAGGACUAAGCAAAAGUAGAAUAUCAGUACCAAAAUCUGACAGAGUUUGUACAAGAGAAAAAGAAAGUUGUAGACAAAAUCUCACUUAUUAACUUCUGUCUUAUAAUCCAGAAAAAUAUAUUGUGGACCACAUUCAGCAGCACAUAAAAGAUAAUACAUUUGGUAGACUGUGGAAGUGAAUAUAAUCUAUCAGGUAGAUAAAUCAAGUUGGGGAACACCGUGUAGAGAAUGCUAGAACACGAAAUGAUGGAGGCUAGAGGGGGAAGAUAAGAGUGUGCAUUUGUAUCUGGACAGGGACAAACAAGGACAGUACCAAGGACUGUUGCCUCAUCUUGGGGGAGGUGGUGGUAAUGGGUGGGCUGGGAACAGAGCGGAAGUAAGAUUUUUCUCGAUAUCCUUUUCAUAUUGUUUGAUUCCUCUUAACUGUUGCAUAUUCAGAAAAUAAAACUCAAUUUGA